UCGACACAUCCCACACUCACUCGCCAUCACUUUUGCAACUUGCAACUCUCUGCAACCCAUUACUUUCGGUUUUGUGCCUUUUUUUUCUCGCAGCCGACAAUCGUUUCAACUACGCAAAUUUUGGACCAAUUUCGUGUGGUUUUUACAACACAACACACACCUCACAUCGAGAUAAACAAAAGCAAGAUGCGUUUCUCAAUCGUCUUCCUCGCCUUAUCGGGCGGUGCAUCGGCUCUGCCCGCACUCAACGGCCUCACUGCCCGCCAACCCGUCGACCUCGUCAACCGCCGCGACAUUGAGUUCAAGGGUGCCGCUGCCCCCGCCCUCGUCGACGACAUGAGUCUCUCCCGCGCCGAGACGGUGACAGCACGCGAUGAAGAGGAGGCAGAGGAGGAGGAGGGAAGUCCAGCAGCAGCAGCAACAACAACAAAGACGAGGAGCAUGGACCCAGCGGCAGUAGAGCCGAGACAAGCGAAGCCGUCGGGGAGCGGCGCCGCCAAGACCAAGACGUCGACGUCGAAAAAGGGCGAUCCGCGCGUGGAGGCGAUUGGUGACAACAAAGUCAACCCGACGACCGGGCUGACGGACUCGGAGGCGGCGGAGAUUGUCACCGGCCUCGAUCUGAAGGAUAAGAAGGCGCCCGGGUCGAUUGAUUCCAAGGGCAAGAGGAUUCCGUUGCCGGGAUUGAGCGCGGACGAGACGGAUGCUAUUGUGAAGCAGGGGCAGGCUGCUCUCAAGGAUGCUGGUGCAUAGGUAGUUCAUGGGCCGAGGAUCUCGUGCGAGGAAUGAAUUAUGAUACAAAGCUUUUCCG